UUCAGUGUUUUUAAAAGAUGGGCGAUCUACUGAGCAACUCCGAGUUUUUAAAAAACUCGGCGUGGACAGCUCGAACCAGUGGAUCCUCUACGAUGAGCAGAUGGAGAAGUUCUUUAAGUUCCUCUCCGGAAAUAUCACGGAUGCCAAUAUUCUCACGGAGCGGCAGGUUCUGGAGCGGGAGGAGAUGCAACUGCGGGACGAGUGGCUAAAUGAAUCGGAACGGGAGUUAAAGCUGCUCCAGAUCGAGUCAGAGAGUCCUGGCCUUCUUCAUUAUAAGCAACCAGAUGUCGACGCCUUGAAUAUGGGGAUUGAGGCGACCGAGGAGGCCUUGGGGGAUUAUGCCACGCUCCUGGAGGACAUGGGAAACACAAAGCACUCGAUAAAUAACCACCUGAGCGAGGUGGAGUGUGCUACCGCUGAGCUGCUAAGCAAGGAAAGGGAUCUGAUAGCCGAAUGCCAAUCGAAAGCUAAGCAACUGGAGGAACUGCAGAGGGAGAAUUGCCGGUUGAGCGGCGAGGCCAAGAAGGCCUUCACAUCCCAGCAGCUACCGCCGCUCUUCAUGCAUCAACUGCCAUUGGAACAGUAUUUCCACAAGUGUGACUCGUUUAUGCAAUACUUUACACUGUAUGUGAAGGAAAACUUUAAGAUCCAGGACUAUGAUGAGUUCCAGAGCGCAGAAGCAGAUCUUCUGCGUGAGAAAAGCAAGCUAGAGGACUUGCAACUCGGCAUCCAGUUUUAUGCCCUUUCCUAUAUAAGAACAACUGCCAAGGCCAAGGCGACGCAGGCUUUGAUUGAACAGCUUGAUCUAGGCCACAUUCAUUGCCUUAGUUUGGCGGAUAUGGCGCGUGAAAUGCACGAUUUGCAGCUGUUAAACGAUCACCAGCUGAGCAACAUUCACGACACUCUCUUAAAUGAUCUUACUAUACACAUUCAACAGCACACCCAGCGACGUAUUGAGCUCGUCCUCUAUGAGAACACAAAACUCAAAUUGGAUAGAGCUGUUCGGCGUCACGAAAGCGACAAAAAGCUUACCAAAAUCAUAUCUGAUGCCCUCUCCAAUGCCGAAUUGCUGUGGAUAGCGAUUCAGCUGGAUUGCGACAAGAAGCGCAACUGCCUGGACACAACGGAAGAGCUACGGAACCAAGCGCAGGACACUUGGCAGAGAAUUCAGACCAUGCGCUCCAUCAAUGCCAGCCACCAGGGUAUUUGCUCUCAGUUUGUGCAGGAGAUUGGCAAUCUAUUGUCGGCCCAUCUAGGUCAAAACAUAAAGACUAACGAGGCCAAGGCUUGUCUUUUUGAAUACGAAAAGUUUGGGCGUCUGCUCUCGCACUCGUUUCAGAGCAUGUUGAAUAGGAAGUCCUGUGCGACUGUCCACGAUCAGCUGGCAGAACUGAAACGUUUGGAGCAGACCUUGCGACCGUUUGUCUACGAUUCCCCAAUUGAAGAGCCUAUGUUUGAGAAUGUCCGCUAUUUAAGCGCCAUUUACAAUACCACACAGCAACAAAAUCGUCUUGAUGAGGCUGUGCGAUCCUUGCGCAUAGAUUUUCUAGAAAACGUUCGCGGACGCAUUGAGAAGGAUAAGCUGUGGCGCUAUAGCGUAGUCCUGUGGAUAUGGUUUCUUACUGAGCCACUGCGCAUGAUGCAUGCAAUCGAAGAGGUGAAAAAGGCAGCUGCUGGUGUGAUUCGCCCUGGUGGCGGUCUGCAGCGCAAAUGAGUUUAGUAAUAUCAAAUCCGAUCAGUAAAUAAAUUGUAAAUUAUUAAAA